AUGUUGGGCAGUGGCGGACGUGGACGUGGGCGCGGAAAUGGAGGACCUAUCGGCCUGCUGAUUUCCGGCGUCACUUCGGGCGUUGGCCUCGUGAGCGAAGUGAAAGCAUACAAAAAAGCGAAAAAAGAAGCCCUCAAAGAGCACGAAGAACAUGGAGACCGCGAGGAAGCGCACUCCUCCAACGACUACUCUCGACAUGUCAGUCGCUCUCGGUCUCCCAGGCCCUUGGCAGACGACAACCAUCAACAACGAGACAUUGGAUUGCACGAGCUCCACGGUUCAUUACCAGAGAACACGACCCCAUAUUCUAGUGAAGCUCCGCCUUCAUACGAUCCAUCUCAUCACGGAGAGGAGGAUGGCUAUUUCGGCAAUGAGAAGAUAAGCACCUACCCAGACGAGAGAGGUAAUCUCGGGGCCGAGAGCAGCAACACAAGUCUUCGCGACGCAGAGCACAGCUUGAACCUAGCGCAAGAUGCCAUCGAGCGAACAUGGCAACUUGAAGAGGCUCAAGAAGCCGCCGUCGAACAGCUUGAAAAGACCAAGGCACGCAAAAGCAAACAAGGUGUGGCCAAUCCAGACAAAGUCAUUGCUGCUUUCUUAGAGCGUGUGCAGCCUCAUGGAAUUGAAUCUAUGAAUUAUCGACCAGGCAAGCUCACGCAUCCCGUUGCGAUCCCGCAGCGGCGUCCCAAGAGCAAGGAUCGUGGCUUCGUUGGCGCCUAUGCGCCGGAGCUGGAAAACGUGGGCAUCGAUCAAAAGUCAUGGCUGGAUUUUCUCGAGACGCUCAACGAAGCCAGUCUCGCCAAUCCGUGGAUAAACGCUAUUAACUUGGCAGGCCUUGCUGCUUCGCCGCUGCCAAUUUUUGCUUCGCAGGCAAUUUCAAUAGCCCUGUUGGUUGCUACCAGUAUUGCUAUUGAGGUGCAGACUCGGUAUCGACAAAAUCAUGCUCUCGAUAGAUUGAACAAAGAAUACUUCCGUCCCCGUGGGCUUUACUGUCUCGUGAUGACAUGGAACCCCACGAAAUUCAACGAUAAAACCGUCGCCAAUAUCAACUCGAUUAUUCAAAACAAUAUCAACGGCAAUUCUGACGGCCGCAUGUCUCAUAAGUUCCAGGCCUCCAAUGGCAUCACAAAUGGUGUCACUAAUGGACUAGAGACCAUGGAGACCGCAGAACUCAUAUUCCCGGAACUGGACCUCAUUAGUAAGGCGACCACGGGAGACCAGAAGGGCUUUAAAAAGAAGCUUGGCCGCGGCAAGGCGUUUGUUGAUGAUUAUAUGGAUCGGAGGGCGCAGGCUAAGUUUGCUGCCGCGAAUCCUGGUGGUCCUCUAAUGCCACAGGGGAAACCAACGUUCAGCUCCAAAUACGCCGAUCCAACACAUAACAACAAUCCGUUAGCAAACAACAGCAUGAUGGGCGGUCCCCUGGGUGGCGGUUUCGGCGGCUUCGGUGGACGAGGCCGUGGCGGUGGUGGACUCCUAGGGCUGGUUGGGUCAUUAGGCCAACAACAGCAACAGCCAAAUCGAUACGAUAAUCAGCUUGUGAAUAACAUGCAGUACGAACAGGACAUGCGGUAUGGAGGCGGUCCAAACUCGGGCUAUUAUGAUCGGCGCGGUUUCAAUCAGUAUCAGCAACAAGGGUCCAUGUCUCUGGAGCAGGAACAGGAGUCCCUCAAACAACUGAACCAACAGCAAAUAACCGAAGAGUAUUUCAAACGGGGGGCUAAGCUGACAAACUUGUUUGGCUCGAAAGUACUCUACCUGAUGGUCGUCAACAUGCCCACCGAGCAAGAGAUGGAAGAAGCUCAUCAAAUAACUAAUCAAUGGGAUGUUCAAGGUAACCCUGAGCAGUACGCGACGACGUAUAAUUACUAG